CUGCAGUGGAAGUUUCAUCUCAAAGUCUAAGUCAGGUUCGGUUUCCAGUCCGUUUAUGAAGAAACGAAAGUGAAAGAAAACUGAGGCUGCAGUCUCCUCCUCCUCCUCCUCCUCUUCCUCCUCCUGCUGUUGUUGGUCCGUCACUUUGAGUCUGGAUCCGGACCAGAACCAUGGAGGACUCGGAGUGUCCGCCCGUGACCGUGGAGGGCGACUGGAGUCCGGAGCAGAAUAAAACCGUGAAGAACAAACUGCAGCUUUACUUCCAGAGCAAGAAGAAGUCCAGCGGAGGAGACUGCCGGGUGGAGGUGGAGGAGGAGGCCCCCACAGCCUCCGUCUUCUUCCGAUCACAGGAGGUCAGAGAGCGCGUCCUCGCUAAGAAACAUCAUGAGAUCUCCGUGGGGAACAAAGCUCUGACGCUACGGCUGAGUUCGGCACCAGGAGGCGGAGCUUCUCAGAGCCCGCCCAGCAGCAGAGAUGUCGCCUCAGACCCAGCUGCAGAUUCCAAGAACCAAAAAUCUGAACCUGAGAAAGGAGCUUCUGCAACAAACCAGACAGGUUUAGAGUCAGGUCCGAGGUCCACUGCUGUGGUCCUGGAGAACGUCCAAGAGAACCUGUCUCAGGAUCUUCUGCAGAUGAUGGUGGAGACCAUCUCUGGACUGGAUGAGAACGACUUCAGUCUGGAGAUCAUCUGGGAAACCAACAUGGCCGUACUGAUCUUCAACAGCCCUGCAGAUGCGGAAAAGUUUGUCUCUGUGAGUCAGACCAACUCAAAGAUGAAGAGACAUAGACUGACGGCUCGGCCACUAGAGGCAGCAAAGAGCAUCCGAAUGGAGAGUCUUCCUCCGAGUGUGGUUAAAGACAUGAUUGAGCUGUGGUUUGAGAAGCACUGGGAGCUGCCGGAGGACGUCGUCAUGAUCCCAGACGACCAGGCGGCCAUCGUCACCUUCAGGGACUCUAAAGUUGUGACAAGCGUCUGCGUUAAAGAAGACCACGUGAUGCGGUCCAUCGCUGUCAAGCUGUAUCCGUACUACGAGUCGCUGGGAACCGCUCUGUACGGCAAAGAGCGGCCUGCCUGGAAGAUGCCCGAGCCGGUCACUGAGAAGGUUCAGCGCGUGAUCUGGAAAUUCCUCCUGCAGAAGAAAAUGCUGAAAAGCAUCAACAAUCAAAUGCAUCCACAUUUCUGCAGCGUGGAUUUGGACCACCCCGAGGUGAAGCUCAGCCCGCUGCCCAGUUUCCUGAAGCAGAAAGGUCUGACUGCUAAGGACGUAGACAACUGGGCGGGGAUGGCUCGGGCCGCCUUCUGCAGACUCAUGUCCGAGUACACCGCCUUUGAAAGCGACGUGAACACAGAAGCAUGGAAAGCUGCUGAGAAGGAGGUGCGGUCGGUUGUGAGGGAAGACGCCUUAGUAGACUUUGAUCCAUCCAGAGAUGUUGUGACCAUCGCCGGUAGAACCGAUGAUAUCAAGAAGAUCCGAGCUCCUGUAGAAAACAUCAUCCGGAAAUUGAUUAGUCAUGUUCAACGACAGACCAAAAGCAUAACUGAGCUACUUGAAUUUUCCCUGGCUUAUUUCGCCAUCCUGAAGGAAGAAGGGCUGCAGAAAGCUGCCUCUGACAUCUCCCCUGAGUUGAAGGUCUCGUUCAAUGAAGGCACCGGGAAGCUGAGCCUUACAGGACUUCCUGAAGAAGUCUACAAAACCAAGUCCUGGAUCUUGGAGAGAAAUAUGAGCAUGAGAAGAAAACAGCUAAAUCUCCCUCCGAGUCUUCUGGAUUACCUCCGGAGUGUGGACUCAACGGACAUGUCGAUGAACCUGUUCACUUCACAAGGCAUCAGUGCCGUCUACUGCAUCGACUCCAAAGGCGUUUCUUUAGUGGGAAGCUCUGACAGAGCCCUGGCCGAUGCUGAGAGUAAGAUGAAGAAAGAUCUGUUAGUGCAGACUUUGGAUGUGCCGGAUCAGGGAGUUCUGAGCCAGCAGAAAUGGAUGGACCUGAACAGAGACCUCCUAGACACCUACAACUUCUCCAACAAGAAGACUGUGAUUAUAUGGAUCCACCCGGAGAGAAGGGACAAAGUAACGGUGGUUGGCUUCAGCAAUCCUGUCAAAGAGGUCAGCGUCAGUCUCAGGCAGUUCAUUGAAGACUACUCACAGGUUCGCGAGACAGUCCGCGUCGAGUCUUGCGCUGUUGCUCAGUUCAUACAGAAGAAUAAACAGGACGUUUGGUCAAGAAUCGCCAGCGACAACAAGGUGUUAGUGAUAUUUGAUCCAGUAAGACCAAAGAUCACCAUCAGUGGAGCUCGCAUAUAUGCCCAAAAGGCUAAAUCUCAUUUUCAGGAACUGGCAACUACUCUCUUUGCUGACACCUUAACCGUGGACAAACCUGGAGCCAAGAAGUAUUUCCAGUCCCAAGGAAGCAUGUUCCUCGUUCCGUUAAUGGCAGACUUCAGCUGUGUGGUGAUGCUUCAGUCUGAUGUUCAGGAUGAUGAAGAGGAGGAGGAGGAAGGGAGCCUUGAAGGAGAGACUGGCUGUUGUUACUGCAAGGUGCAAACAGCCGGUGGAGUUCUUACUUCUGUCAGCAGGGCGGAUAUCUGCGGCCUUAAUGUGGACGCGGUGGUCAACGCAGCUAACGAGGACCUGCAGCACAUCGGCGGUUUGGCUUUGGCGCUGCUGAAAGCUGCUGGGCCAAAGCUGCAGAUGAUCAGCGAUGACUAUGUGUCUAAAAACGGGAAGCUACGCCCAGGAGAUGCUAUUGUAACAGAGGCAUGCAGUCUGCCCUGCAAGUUCGUCGUUCAUGCGGUUGGUCCGCGGUACUCUGAAUUUGACAAGAAGACAGCAAUAUUUCGUCUCAAAGGUGCAGUUAAAGAGAGCCUGAAACAAGCUGAGAUGGUUAAAUGCUCCACUGUAGCCAUGCCAGCAAUCAGCUCUGGUGUCUUUGGUUUUCCUGUGGACCUCUGCACCGAGACCAUCGCCAAGGCUGUGCGGGAAUACUGUGACAAUCCUAACCGUCCAGGGACUUUAACCGAGGUUCAGCUGGUGGACAACAAUGAUGCCACUGUCAGAGUGAUGGCAGCUGCUAUAAACAGGGAGUUCUCCGAUCUGGGACCCACCAUGACAGUUCCACCGCAGACAGGAGGGAAGAACAAGGGAGCUGCAGGCAGAUAUCACAGGGGACGAGGGAAAGGUGCGCAGUCUCGUGGAGGAAGAGGAGGUGGAGGAAGAGGAGGUGGAGGAAAAGGAGGCGGAGGAGAUGGAGGAAGAGGAAGAGGUUAUCAGGAAAAUUAUCAGGCUGACUGGGGAGGUCAGAACUCCAGGUCACAGAACAGAAAUGGAGACCAUGGAGGGUCAAAACGGCUGGAGCAGAUCACACCCGGUGGUCUGAAGAUGGUUCUCUGCAUAGGAAACAUCCAGGACCAGACUACCGACGUCAUCGUGAACACGGUGGCCGAGAACAUGAACCUGAACCAGGGCGCCGUCGCCAAAGCCAUCUCUGAGGCGGCCGGGGAAAACCUGCAGAUGGCCAUCCUCACCGAGGCCGGCGUGAACACGCUGCGCUUCGGAGACGUGAUCGUCACCGACGGAUACAACCUGCAGUGUCAGAAGGUCUUCCAUGCCGCCUGCCCCUCCUGGGACAACGGAGGCGGCCGGGCGGAGAAGGAGUUAACAGACAUCAUCACUGACUGUCUGAAGGAGGCUGAGAAGCGUCAGAUGACCUCUCUGUCCUUCCCGGCCAUCGGAACCGGAAACCUGGGCUUCCCCAGAGAUGUGGUGUCCAGAGUCCUGCUGAAGGAGAUCCACUUGUUCAGCCGCAGGAGCUCCCCGCGCCAUCUGAGGGAGGUUCUGAUCGUGGUCCACCCCAGCGACAACAGAACUGUGGAUUGCUUCACCAGAGAGUUCAGCGGUGAAACGGCGCCGAGGGGCAUCCAGCAUGAAGCAGAGGGUUCUACCAGGAGCGGGUCUGCAGCUCAGCAGCACCUUGGUCGAUCACAACAGAGCUCCGCGUCUUUCAGCACGGUCUCCUCUCCGUCGCUCGGCGUCUACCAGAUGCAGAUGGGUCAGCUCACCCUGGAGGUGUCGUCAGGAGACAUCACCAAGGAGGCCUGUGAUGUCAUCGUCAACUCAUCCAAUCAGAACUUCAACCUCCAAGCAGGAGUUUCCAAGGCGAUCUUGGACAGCGCUGGGCCAGCAGUGGUGAUGGAGUGUGCACAGAUUGUGAGUUCUCCGGGUUACCAGCCUCGUGCAAUGAUCCUGACCUCAGGCGGCCGGCUUCCCUCCACAAACAUCAUCCACGUUGUUGGUCAGAAUGAUGCUUCAAGGGUUAAGGACCUAGUUCAGGGGGUCCUGAAGGUCUGCGAGGACAACAGGUUCAGCUCAGUCGCCUUCCCAGCUCUGGGAACAGGUCAGGGCGGUCUCAGCCCGUCGGCAGUGGCCGACGCCAUGGUCGGUGCAGUGGUGGACUUUGUGAGGAAGAAGCACCCACGGUUUGUUUGCCGGGUGAAGAUCCUAAUCUUCCAGGCAGCCAUGAUUACUGAAUUUCACAACAGUAUGAAGAAGAGGCAGGGAGAAGAGGUGGAGGAGAAGAGCAUCUUCAACAAACUUAAAGAUUCAGUUACUUCAUUUCUUGGAUUGGGGUCGGAGCAGCAGCGCAGUGCAGAUUUUGUUCUGGAGAGGCCUGAGUUCGAUCCCGCAGUGUUUCAACUGUGUGCUGACAACCAAAGGAAUUUGAACAUAGCUAAGAAGAGGCUCAACGAGCUUGUUCUGAUGGAGCAGGCCCAGAGAACCAUCAAGGACCCGUACCUGAACCACUUAACCCGGGAUGACAUGAACGAGCUGAAGGACCUGCAGAGGAAUCUGACAGUGAGCAUCCGUCUGGACAGAGGACAGGAAGACCAGGAGCCCAAGAUUCAACUGGAGGGUCUGACCCGAGACGUCCUGACAGCCGAGUCAGACAUCAGGAACAUCAUCCGCAGGGUGGAGAGAAAUGAGAACUUGAGGAACAAAGCUAUUCUGGUGAGCGGACUGGUGGAAUGGAUGUUCCAGCACCACAAUGGAUCCAUGGUGUCUUUUGACAUUCACACCAAUCUCCAGCUUGAAGAAGCAUUUGAGAAAAAACAAAACGUUAAGAUCAAAAUCAAAAGUGAAGUGUUUAACGCGGAUCCAGUGCGUAGAAGGGCCGUUUCCAAUAACGGAAAGAAACAGAUGGAGCUGAUGAGAAAAGACUUGAAAACCCCUGCUGCUUCGUUGCCUUCACACUGGGAGGACAUGAAGGGCAGCAUCGUGAAGCGGGUUACCCUCAACGUUGGAUCUCAGGAAUACAAUGACGUCCUGGCAGAAGUUACGAAAACUGGACUUUCUCUGAACAUCAUCCAAAUCGAACGGAUCCAAAACGAGGCGCUGUGGCAGAGCUACCAGCUCCUGAAGAAACAAAUGGAGGUGAAAAAUAAACACACCAACAAUGAAAAGCUGCUGUAUCACGGCACCGCGGCCACAUCCAUCGACUUGAUCAACUCUAAAGGCUUCAACAGGAGCUACGCAGGAGCACAUGGUGCUAUGUUCGGUAAUGGCUCCUACUUUGCUGUGGAUCCGGCAUAUUCCGCUCGGGGUUACGCUCGACCGGACAGUCAGGGUCACAAGCGCAUGUACCAGGCCCGGGUUCUUGUUGGAGACGUCACUCAGGGAACAUCAGGCAUGAUCGCACCCCCGGCCAAACCUGGCAACCCUGCAGACCUGUAUGACAGCGUCGCUGACAGACAGAAUAAUCCAUCCAUGUAUAUUAUUUUCAAUGACAUUCAGGCUUAUCCAGAAUAUCUUCUCACUUUCACAUAAAGCUUCAACUUUUCUGCUACAGUUCUGAUAAAAUUAACCUCUGUCUUUCUAUAACUCUUCUGGAUGGAAAACACUGAAAUAUACUGUUAGAAAUUACUGAAAAAAACUGUUGUAAUUUUCUUCUAAACUAAAUAAACAUGUGA